AUGGGAGCCGCGCGGGGUCGCGCACGCGGCGGCGGCGAAGAUGGCGGCGCCCGUGUCGCUCUGUCACAUCGCCUGCUGCGCCAACCGGGCGGGCGGCGGCGCCGUGGCCUGGGGCCUCGGCGGCCUCGUCGCCUUCGGCAGCUGCCACGACGUCAUCCUCUACGACCCGGCGGUGAGCUGAUGCGCUCUGGGGUAGGACCGGGACCGGGACCGGGAGCAGGAGCAGUCCCUCACUCUCGGUGCUGUCCGUCUGUCCCGCAGGUGAGGCGGGCGGUCGCCGCCCUCCGCGGCCACACCGGCAGGGUGAACUGCGUGCGGUGGGUCCGCCGGCGGGACCGCGCUUCUGAAACAGCGUUAAUUUCUGGUGGAUCUGAUAAACAACUUAUUCUUUGGGAAUGGAAAGAUACAGUAACAUGGAAUAAUCAGCUUGUGAAAAGCAUUCCUCUCAAAGGCCACACGGAAGCUGUUUUUGCUGUGGAUGCUGUCUACCAGUCAGAUGAAUCUGAUUUAAAUCUGCUGAUAGCUUCUGCAGCCUCUGACUCUACUGUGAGAAUCUGGUCUCGGCAUGGUUCUGAAGCUAAAUGCAUUGAAAUUCUGCAGUUUGGAAAUGGAUUUGUUAUGGAUGUCUGCUUAUCCUUCUUGCCUGGCAGCGAUGUACCAAUACUGGCUUGUGGUGGUGAUGACUGCAAAAUAAGUUUGUUUAUACAGCAGAAUGAUCAGUUUCAGAAAACAUUAAUACUCUCUGGCCAUGAAGAUUGGAUAAGAGGCGUUGAGUGGGCAGUCUGUGGUGAAGACCUUUUCUUAGCAAGCUGUGCUCAGGACUGUUUGAUAAGAAUUUGGAAAGUAUGUACAAAACUAAAGAAACCUUCAGAAGCUGAAGAUGAUUCCAUAAAAUUGAAAGAGAAUGUUUUUACUGUUAAAGAUGGUGACAUGUCAUAUGCAGUUUCUUUGGAGUCUGUGUUGGCUGGUCAUGAAAACUGGGUGUAUGCAGUUCACUGGCAACCUUCAUUUUCCAAAGAUGGCAGCAUGCAACAACCAAUGAGGAUAUUAUCUGCAUCAAUGGACAAAACUGUGAUCAUCUGGGAACCUGAUAAAGAAUCUGGAGUCUGGCUAGAACAGGUACGGGUAGGUGAAGUGGGUGGCAAUACUCUUGGAUUUUUUGACUGCCAGUUUAGUCCAGAUGGUUCAAUGAUCAUUGCUCAUGCUUUUCAUGGAGCACUACACCUUUGGAAACAGUCUACUGUUAAUAAGAAAGAAUGGACUCCAGAAGUUGUGAUUUCAGGACAUUUUAACAGUGUAGAGGAUGUAAAGUGGGAUCCAGAAGGAGAGUUUAUCAUCAGUGUGGGCUUUGAUCAAACUACGAGGCUCUUUGCUCCAUGGAAAAGGAAAGAAGAGAUGGAGGUAACCUGGCAUGAAAUUGCCAGGCCUCAAGUACAUGGAUAUGACCUGCGCUGCCUGGCAAUGAUUGGCCGGUUUGAGUUUGUGACAGGAGCAGAUGAAAAAGUCCUUCGAGUUUUUCGUGCUCCCAAGAAUUUUAUAGAGAAUUUCAGUAACAUCACUGGUAUCCCAAUGGAGAAGCUCUGCUCCCAUGAGUCAUCUGACCUUCCAGAAGGUGCAACUGUGCCAGCUUUGGGAUUAUCCAAUAAAGCUGUUUUUGAAGGAGAUAUGGCCGUUCAACCAGAUGAAGAUGAGGAAUCAUUUAAUACCGUUUCAAAUCAGUAUCCAGAGAUUUAUUUUCAACCCUUGAUCCUUACAGAACCUCCACCAGAGGAUCACUUGCUGCAGAAUACCUUAUGGCCUGAAAUUCAGAAGUUAUAUGGACAUGGAUAUGAAAUUUUUUGUGUUGCUUGCAAUAAUUCAAACACUGUAAUUGCCUCAGCAUGUAAGGCUUCCAAAAAAGAACAUGCAGCAAUUAUUUUAUGGAGCACUACUUCUUGGAAGAAACUGCAGAGUUUGUCUUUUCACAAUCUGACUGUUACUCAGCUGGCAUUUUCUCCUGAUGACAGCUUUCUACUGGCUGUUUCUAGAGACAGGAAUUGGUCACUGUGGAGGAAACAAGAUUCAUCAGAGUCAGGACCAAUCUUCACUUGCUGUGCAUACACAGACAAAAAUACAGCUGUUCACAGUCGAAUCAUUUGGUCCUGUGAUUGGACACCAGACAGCAAGUAUUUUAUUACUGGUAGUCGGGACAAAAAGGUCAUUAUCUGGGGCCAGUGUGAUUUGUCAGUGAUUACUGAAGGGAAUGAGCUGGUUUCAAUCAAGCCUUGUUCAACAAUUCUGGAUGCUGGGGAUUCUGUGACUGCUGUUGGUAUCAGCAGUGUGCUUACUCCUGAUGGAAGAUACAUUGUUGCAGUAGGCUUAGAGAAUGGGAAGAUUAUCUUGUACACAUGGAAGCAAAGUGGGAAAGAACCAACACUGGCUGACUGGACCACAACUGUUGAGAUAGAUAACAGCCAAAGUCAUGCUCUUGCUGUGAAACGCUUAUGUUGGAGACAUCAUGCAGGCAGAGCUGGACAUAAUGAUGAGAACAGCAGCAAGUGGUUACAGCUUGCAAGUUGUGGAGCCGAUCACUGUGUUAAAAUAUUCAAUGUCAACAGAUUUGCUCUUUAGCAAAGACAGCAGGCCUGUUUGUGCCAAACAGAUUCACAGCAUUUUAUUUCAACUUUUAGCCACUUUGAUUAUUGCAUUUUCUGUUUUCUGCUGUGGAAAGUAAAAUAUCUGACAUGUAACAUACUAAAGUAACUUUGGUGGAAGUUGAAAAUGUCAAA